AAAAAAAAUCCCAACUCCACAACACUCCCAUUUUCAUUUCUUCCAACUUCACGAUUAAGUUUGAAUCUUCUUGAGAGGUCUUUAAGUUCGAGUCUUUGACGAUGUCUAGUAUCAUAAACCGACAUGGGGAAGGGAACACAAACGAAGACACAUUCGGGCCGGAGCCCUACAAGGGCUACGCGCUGAGCGGCAAGAUCAUGCUCAGCGCCAUAGUCGUCCUGUUUUUCGUUGUCAUUCUAAUGGUGUGUCUCCAUCUCUACGCGCGGUGGUAUCUUCUCCGUGCGCGUCGCCGCAACCUCCGCCGUAACCGCCGCAGCCGCCGCACGCAUAUGUUGUUCCACGACGAAAACGCGGCCGGGGUCUCGGCCGCCACGCGCGGCCUCGACGAGUCGGUUUUAAAGUCGCUGCCGGUGUUCGUGUACGACUCGAAGACCCACCCGGAGGCGGUUCUGGAGUGCGCCGUGUGUUUGUCGGAGUUUGAGGAGAACGAAACGGGUCGGGUUCUGCCGAAAUGUAAGCACAGCUUCCAUAUCGAGUGUAUUGAUAUGUGGUUUCAUUCCCACUCCACGUGUCCGCUCUGUCGGUGCGCCGUGGAGCCCGGACCCGAGUCCGAUAACCCGGGCGACGUGGUGUUGAAUGUGUGCGAACCGGAGGUUAACGAACCGGGUUCGAGCUCCGGGUUGUGCUCCGAGUGUUCCGGGUCGAGGUCGUUGAGGCAGACGUCGUCGUUUGGGCCGAGAAGGAAACCGAUGGAUAUUGCGGUGCCGAGUCGGCACGAGAGCUUUGGGAGGUCGGAGGCGGAGUCGCCGUCGGGUCAGGCGUUCCGAUCGCCGAUGAGCCGGAUGCUUUCGUUUAAACGGAUUCUGAGCAGAGACAGACGAAACGGCGGCGUUUCGCCAUCCGGGAACGCGAGUUGUAGCUCGGUCGCCGAGUUGGAUAUUGAGCGAGGGCGAGAAGGGGCCGAGUGAACUCGGGGGUAAACUCGGAAAUGCAGACACCCUUAUCUGAAUUUUUUGGCAGACUGUGCGUUAGAGUUGGGAACGUGUUGGUUCUGGCGGGGGUAAAUAUGGAAAUGUGGAUUUGUACGUGAUGGUAGAAGGCGUGGAAUUAUUGCUGUUUGGAAACUUGUACAUAACAGUAUAUUUUUUCUUUCAUUUUUUGUCCCAAAUACUUUAAAUAAAUAAAUUUACCAAUAUUUUGCCUACUGUAUUUUAGGUAAUUGAUAGCUUGUUUACCAAAACGAAGAAUUGUAUUUUGGGUAAUAAACAUUGGCAACAGGUUCAGUGGAUG